UCCGCUCUUCUCACACAUUUUUGGUCCACCGUCCCGAGAACGGUCGCUACUUUCGUACUCUGAGGACCGCCCCCCCUUCCCUCCCUCCCAUCCCGUCCCGGUUGAGAGAGAACAGUAAGAUAGCGUGAAACUCGAAGAGUUCGUUGGGUUUUUUUCUGGGUUUUUUGGGAGUAGGGUAUUUCGUUUGUUUGUUUGUUUUUUUGGUUUUUCGACCGGGGAAAGGCAAACACGUUUGAAAAGGUAAUUAAAGGCGGCGUGUAGUCAUGAAUUUAGGCUCGCUGCUUCUCGCGGCUUUGUGCCUGUUCUCCUGCGGGGUCGGGAGGGUCUGUCAGGCGGAAGAAGGGCUCGAUUUUCCCGAGUACGAUGGCAAGGACCGCGUGCACGACCUCAACACCAAGAACUUCAAGGCUGUCAUGAAGAAAUACGACGUCAUGGUGAUUCUGUACCACGAGCCCGUGGAGAGCGACCGUGCCUCCCAGAAACAAUUUCAGAUGGAAGAGCUCAUUUUAGAGCUGUUAACUAACCGAGCUGCCUUGACCUAUCAGUUGGCCGCUCAGGUCCUCGAUGACUUGGAGGAUGAAGAUAUCGGGUUCGGUCUCGUCGACUCGGAGAAAGAUGCAGCUGUUGCUAAAAAACUGGGUAUGGACGAGGAGGACAGCAUUUACAUCUUCACAGACGAUGAGGUCAUCGAGUACGAUGGGGAGCUGGCGGCCGACACUCUCGUCGAGUUCAUUUUGGACGUGAUUGAAGACCCCGUGGAGUUCAUCGAGGGGGAGCGCGAGCUGCGGGCAUUCGAGAACAUCGAAGACGAGAUCAAACUGGUGGGAUACUUCAAGAACGAGAAUUCAGAGCACUACAAAGAGUACGAAGACGCCGCUGAAGAGUUUCACCCCUACAUCAACUUCUUUGCCACUUUUGAAGCAAAGAUCGCUAAGAAACUGGAUCUGAAAAUGAACGAGGUUGAUUUUUACGAGCCCUUCAUGGAUGAACCCAGAGUGAUCCCGGGAAAGCCGUACACAGAGGAUGAGAUUGUGGACUAUAUCGAGGAUCACCAGAGGCCAACAUUGAGGAAGCUGGAGCCAUACAACAUGUACGAGACCUGGGAAGAUGAUAUCGAUGGGUUCCACAUCGUUGCCUUCGCAGAAGAAGAGGACCCAGACGGUUUUGAGUUCCUGGAGAUCCUGAAGGAAGUCGCUGAAGACAACACCGAUAACCCAGACCUGAGUAUCAUUUGGGUCGACCCUGAUGACUUCCCCCUGCUCGUUCCCUACUGGGAGAAGACCUUCGACAUUGACCUGUCCUCACCACAGAUCGGGGUCGUCAAUGUCACUGAUGCGGACAGCGUGUGGUUGGAGAUGAAGGAUGAUGAUGACCUGCCCUCCGCCGAAGAACUGGAGGACUGGAUCGAGGAUGUUCUCGACGGAGACAUCAACACCGAGGAUGAUGAUGAUGAUGAUGAUGAUGACAGCGACGAGGAUGACAGCGACGAGGACGACAGCGAUGAAGAUGAUGACAGCGAUGAAGACGAUGACAGUGACGAAGACGAUGACAGUGACGAAGACAGCGAUGAAGACGAUGAUGAUGAUGAUGACAGCGAUGAAGACGAUGAUGAUGAUGAUGAUGAUGAUGACAGCGAUGAAGAUGACGACAGUGACGAAGACGAAGAUGACGAUUAAACUCUCAUCUUUCAGAAAAUCCGCCUGCUGCCCCCCACCCCAAAAAAACAGGCCGAUUUGUUUUGUCAUUGAUUCUCUACAUCAUUGAUCCCACCUUUCCUAUCCCCCACCGUCUGUUAUCCUAUUACCAACACCCAUCAAAAAGUCACCUUUGCUUCAUACUCUCCUCGUCAAGCACUCGUCUUGUUGAAUUCAAAUCAAGACUCACCCUUGUUUCAGUCCUCCCGUCGACACAUGAAUUCAAACCCGUCCGUCUUCAGGAAUAAUCACCGCAUCACAAUCUGAGACCUUCUCAAUAGGUUUCUGAUUCUCGGGAGAACUGUCUAGUUUCUACCCCCCCUAAUCCCCCUAAAAAAAAAAGGUUUUGUCCUAUCCUAAAUAAAGAUGGACAGUGUCUUACAACCAGGCGCCCUUUGCCCAAAUUCAUUUUGGCUAUUGUGUAGAUCUUAGAAAAGCCACGACUGUAUUCUGUAAGGAGACAUCACAACCUUCACCCAUUGACCAUUGACACCUUAGAGUUAGUUCUGCUGUACAAUCAAUUCUUCGUAGCCCAUGAAGUUGUCGCCUGGUCAUCAUCCUUAGAGCAGGUUAUCUGGCGACUAUACUUCUCAUUUCAUAAAGGUGAAUUUGCAAACCCGAACCCAAAGCGGGCACACCUCCUGAUCAUGUCCCUUUCAUUGGAACUGGCUUUGGGCAAUGGGCUUUGAAACCCAAUGGGCUUUGUGUUCUGUCCCGCUCGCCCUAUACCUUAAAGAACAGAAAAAAGUCAGUCAGAAAAAAAACACACAACCUUACUCCUCGGGGACCCCCUGUGUCUUCCAACAUUCCUUAACUAAACCCUCAGUUGAACUCUUAACAAGUUGCUCAACUGGAGUUUUUUUGUUAUUCUCUGCUCCUAAAUAAGAUUUCAAAGUUACGGUAUUAUAGUUAACUUGACAACUUUUGUAAGAGCUGGAAAAUCAAUUAAAACAGCAUAGUCAAGCAAAUUAUUAUCAGUAAAAUUAAGGGAGUAGUUAGGUAAUUCAGCGCUCAAUUGGAAUGAAAAACAGAAGACACUGGGGGGUCCCGAGGACCUGGUUUAAGAACCACUGUCUUAAGAGUUUUUUGACUCUGUGCAUAAUUCUGUUGCUUUUGAAAUAUGCACAUACCGGACCUAAUUUGCAGAAGAGCCUUGCUUGGUUUCUUACAGCUCACUGAAAGAGCACUUUGGGGCUGGAUGUAUACAUCCGGGGCUGAUCCGAAGUUGGGUCCGGCUUUAUUUCUUUGAUAUCUGCAAUAAAGUUUUUGUUACCUUACACGGUAUUGAACGGGGAGUUUAUCCCCCAAAUAAAUUGCUGUACAAUGAAAUGUUUUCUACUGGUAAAAACACAUUUAUUUUAUUGAUUUUUUUUUUUU